ACAGGUCUGAAAAGCUUUGGCAGUGAAGAAUCAUGACUGACGAAGUAAAAGAUAAACAAUUUUGCAAUCAUACGGACCUCGAAGCUACUUUAACUCUUUUACAUUUUAAUGAUGUUUAUGAAAUAGAGGCGAGAUCAAUCGAACCUGCUGGUGGAGCUGCAAGGUUUGCAACAGCUCUUAAAGAAUUUCAAGAUUUGAAUCCAUUCAUUGCAUUCAGCGGCGACUGUUUAAGCCCAUCUCUGCUCAGCACGUUUACAAAAGGAAGACACAUGAUAGACAUUUUGAAGGCGCUGGGGAUUCAUUGCGCUGUUUUUGGGAACCAUGAAUUUGACUUUGGCGUGGACACGCUCGAAGAACUCACCCAGCAGACCAGCUUCCCCUGGUUCCUGAGCAACGUCUACGACAAGUUCACCUCCCAGACGCUGGGCCAUGGCGUCCAAAGCCUCGUCCUGGAACACAAUGGCUUCCGCCUCGGCCUCAUGGGCCUGGUGGAGGAGGAGUGGCUGGACACCCUGGGCACCAUCGACAAGGCCAACGUGGAUUUCGUGGACUACGUCGCGGCAGCCGACCAGAUCUCCAAGGAGCUGAGAGAAAGCGGAGCAGAGCUGGUCAUCGCGCUGACGCACAUGAGGUGGCCCAAUGACGCUCGACUGGCCACGGAGGCCAAAGACGUGGACCUCAUCCUUGGCGGUCACGAUCACGACUACGGGGUUCGGGAGGUCAACGGUGUGUGGAUCGUGAAGAGCGGUUCAGAGUUCAGACAUCUGACUAAGAUUGAAAUCAGAAGAACUGCUGGCAUGACAUUUGAGUAUAGUUUAGAAAGGAAGGAUAUAGUGGAGGACAUUGAAGAAGAUCAAGCAAUCAAAAGCAAAGUGGACAAGUACAAAGAUAGCAUUCAGUACAUGCUGGAGGAGGUGCUGUGUACCACGAACGUGGAGCUGGAUGGACGCUGCUCGACGGUCCGCUACCGAGAGUGCAACCUGGGAAACCUCAUCGCUAACGCCAUGCUGGAAGCCACCCAUGCGGAGGUGGCGCUGCUGAAUUCAGGAACUCUGCGUUCAGAUCGUCUGCACCCAGCUGGUGACCUGACCAUGCGGGACCUGCUGCAGAUCCUGCCCAUGAGGGACCUGGUGCUGGUGGUGGAGGCCACAGGCCAGCAGCUCUACCACAGCCUGGAGAACUCCGUCAGCAGAUACCCAGAACUGGAUGGAAGAUUUCUGCAGGUAGCCGGAAUACAGUUUGGUUUCGAUCCUAAUCAUCCGCCUGGAUGCCGAGUUGUUGCUGACACUAUCCGAAUACAAGGGCAGAAUCUGGAGCUGGACAAGACGUAUUUGGUCGCCAUGAAGGAAUAUUUAACAAAGGGAAAAGAUGGCUACUGCAUGUUUACCGACUGCCCACUAAAAUGUGAUGCCGAAAACGCCCAGGUCCUCUCCACCAUCUUCAUCAACCAUUUUGAGUCUGGCAACAUCGUCCAGGGCCUGAAGGCCUGCAAGUCCGGCCAUCGCAUGGGCCUCAUCAGAGCACCCAGCUGCCCCUCAGUCACAUCCAUAGAGCACAGCGAUGAUGUCCCCGUGGCUCUAGUUCCAGGGGUAGAGGGGAGGAUAUUUCUUGUGCACACCGAGAGCCAAGCAGAGUAACACUGGGGGUCAGACGGACAGAAGAGAGACUGCUGUUUUGACACGCCACAUGAGCAGCCGAUUGUGUCAUCUUUCAGAGGCCAUAAGAGAAGUCAUCAUUGCCUCAUCGCCUCAGGAAAAGAUCACCUAUUUUUUUAUUAAAUAAACUUACCCUGUGAGAAUUCCUUAUGGGGAUGAAGUGG